CUUUGAUUUCAAUUUUGAAAUUCGAAUCCUCCUCUCCUUUUGAAUUUCAGAAACCCUAGGAGUUCUUCAGCGAGCGAAAGCUGUCUGCGAUUUCUUGUUGAUUCUAAGUUUCGUGAAAAAAUGGAUCUCUCGCGAGAAGUCGAUGACUUUAUCAAAGAGACAAUCGAUCACUCCUUAGGGCUUCCGAUCUCCAUGGAUGCUCUCAAGAAAAAACUCUACACGGCGGAAGAAUCUCAGCGUCGUCUCCGUGAACAGUAUCUAUCUCUGGUUUCGAGAUUGAAAGAGAAAGACAAAGUAAUUGAUCUCGUGAGAUCCGAAGCGAGUAUGAACGCUCAGUCGCUGAAGAAAUUCGUCGAAGAGAAUCAGAAAUUGGCAAGUGAGUGCGAGGAUUUGGUGAAUCAGUGUAAGAAGUGGGAAAGAGAAUGUUUUCUUUAUCAUCAAGAUCGUGAAUCACUGAUGGAAUUUGGAAACGAAACUGAUGAAAGGGCUAGAGAAGCAGAAUCUAGGGUUCGUGAAUUGGAAGAAGAAGUUAGAAAAAUGUCUGAUGAAAUCAAGAAUCGAAUCGAAGAAUCUGAAGAGGAUUGUUUGGUUGAUUCAAUUUUGGCAUCGUUUGUUAGCAAAGAUGAGAGUAAAUCAUUGGGGCGUAUCUUCUUGGGGGCUAACGUUGAAGACAAAUGUUGUCAAACAUUGUUGAGAAAAUGGGAUCAGUUAAAGCCAACAACGCAAAAGGUUGUGUCUUUAGUGUCAAUGGUGAAGAGAAUUGAAAAGGAGAAAGAAUGUCUCAUCUUGAAUCUUGCUAAAGCAGAGCAAGAAGUAGAACUUGUGAGUGAGCAAAACAGAGAGCUGGAUAGAGAAAAUCGCAAGUUUUUGAGGCAAUGUUGUGCAGAGAGAAGCCAUGGAUCUAACAAGUUUAUCAAGAGAAAGAGUCUCAAGUUGAUGAGUAGCCCGAUCGAGAAGAGGAUUGAAUUGAGCAGCCAAGAAUUUCUUGAUUCAUGAAACUGUAGAUCCAAACUUAUAUUCAAGGUGCUGAUGAUUGGUUUUGUUUGAAUCUGUUAUGGUAAUUAUGAAUAUCAAUGAGCAAUUCUGGUUAUUGUUUAGAUUGUCCAAAGUAAUGGAAUGUUUGUGAGGGACAAGCGCUGACUAUCCACAAUGCAGUAUGUAUAAAAUAUAGUAUGUGACUAAGA